UUCUGGCCCCAAAUUUCUGCUGCCUCAAGAACACAUGGAGUUGGGGUCAGGGCUGGGGAGAAGCAACAGCUGGACAAGUUGCCCAUGCAUCCCUCAGAAAUCUGCUUUACAGACAAUAGGUGAAGAACAAACUCAGAACCCCUACACCGAACUGCUUGUACUGAAAGCUCAUCAUGAUAUUGUACGGUUUCUGGUACGGUUAGAUGACUACAGAUUUGCAUCUGCUGGUGAUGAUGGACUUGUAGUUGUGUGGAAUGCCCAGACAGGAGAAAAACUUUUGGAACUCAAUGGACACACUCAAAAGAUAACAGCUAUUAUUACAUUUCCCUCCUUGGAAGCAUGUGAAGAAAAAAAUCAGCUCAUCUUGACAGCCUCUGCUGAUAGAGCAGUUAUCGUAUGGAAUUGUGAUACUGGCAGGCAAGUUCAAAAAGUGUCAUGCUUCCAGUCUACUGUAAAGUGUUUAACUGUUCUUCAGAGACUAGAUGUUUGGCUCUCUGGUGGGAAUGACCUAUGUGUGUGGAACCGAAAAUUAGAUCUCCUAUGUAAGACAAGUCACCUUUCUGAUACAGGGAUCAGUGCUUUGAUUGAAAUACCUAAGAACUGUGUUGUGGCAGCAGUUGGCAAAGAAUUGAUAAUUUUCAGGUUGGUAGCACCCAUAGAAGGAUCACUAGAAUGGGACAUUCUUGAAGUUAAGCGCCUCCUUGAUCAUCAGGAUAAUAUUCUCUCAUUGGCUAAUAUCAAUGAUCUGAGUUUUGUGACUGGCUCCCAUGUUGGAGAGCUGAUCAUCUGGGAUACCCUGGACUGGACUAUGCAGGCCUGUGAACACAACUUCUGGGACCCAUUUCCACAGCUGGACACUCAGCAAGAAAUAAAACUGUGUCAAAAACCAAAUGACAUCUCUAUUCAUCAUUUAACAUGGGAUGAAGAGAAUGUAUUUGUUGCAGUUGGAAGAGGUUUAUACGUGUAUAACCUUCAAAUGAAGCGUGUGAUUGCUUGCCAGAAAACUGCCCAUGACUCCAGGGUCCUGCACAUUGCCAAGCUUCCAAACAGGCAGGUAAUCUCAUGCUCAGAAGAUGGCAGUGUACGCAUUUGGGAGUUACGAGAGAAACAGCAGAUUGCAGCUGAACCUGUACCAACAGGUUUUUUUAACAUGUGGGGAUUUGGAAGAGUGAACAAACAAGCCAGCCAACCUGUUAAAAAGCAACAAGAAAAUGCCACUUCAUGUUUACUGGAGCUUAUUGGAGACUUGAUUGGACACUCAUCAUCCGUAGAGAUGUUUCUAUACUUUGAAGAACAUGGACUAGUGACAUGCUCUGCUGAUCAUCUCAUUAUUUUAUGGAAAAAUGGAGACCGAGAAUCUGGACUGCGCAGUUUAAAAUUAUUUCAAAAAUUAGAGGAGAAUGGUGACUUGUAUCUUGCUGCCUAGUUUAAGGAAUUUAGAAUACAUGUGCAUGAACUUGAACAUCAAAUAUAGGUUGCUUUCACAACUGCCUCCAAAGACCGGAAGAGCUAAGGUUAUCUAUGCCAGACCAGUGCCAUAAUGUUAUGAAUGAGAAACCUGAGGCCCAGAGAGGUAAGGCCUUGCAAUGUGUUAGCUCUGUUCCCUUAUCAUCAAGCGGCAUUAAAGACAAAUCAAAGAUACUUACAUGACUACCAUGUGAGGAAAAGCAAAUAAUGUUCAGUUAUUUUUUAAUUUAUAAUGAAAAUAGCUUUAGAGAAAUAUAUUAAAAUCUGUUCCUUCCAUUAGAGAAUAGAAGAACGUGAAUGUUAUCCAACAACUUGUUAUUUGUGGCAUAUUUGAGGAAUUGCAGAAAUAGCUUUCUAAUCUUUUAUCCUGAAGGUGCAGCAUGGUUAUUAUCCCAACACCAGGCAGACAUGCAUUCUGGUCUGAGUGCAUCAGAUGGUUGACUAGUUUGAUUAAAUAUCUCAAUCAUUUUUAGGCUUUAAUAUUUACUUCAUUACUAGCUAGCGGUUUUUCUUUGGAAAUUUUACAUUAGGCCAUGAGUUUGUAAAAUUGUUUUCUAUGACAUAUUCUGUGAAUUAUAUGAGAAACUCAUCAUUUUUAACUGCUUUAUUUCCUAAUCUGUUCUGGGUUAGUAAUUUGUGAUACUCUGUUCACAUGGAGUGAUACAAACCUCAGGUGAGUUUUGGGAGCCAAUACUACCAGGGCAAAUCCAUUACAUACUCUAGUUUUCUGCCAUAAAAAACUGUGUCUAGAGUAGCGGUUCUCAACCUGUGGGUCAUGACCGCUUUGGGGGUCGAACAACCCUUUCACA